AUGGGAGGCAAGCUGAGCAAGAGGAAGAAGGGGUACGAUGUCAGCGACCCAAAGGACAAGAAGGAGGAGAUUACAGCGGCUGCUGUGAGUGCCGUUGAGGCUGUGGCCCAUGCCGUGGAGGUCAAAGCACCAGCUCCGGUCGCUGAGUUGGCAGCGAAGGCUGCUCCUGAGGUGUCUGCUGCGGUGGAGGGAGCAGUGGAGUCGGCAGCGGUAGCCAUCACAGAAGCGACAGAAGAGGCCCUGUCAGCUAUAGAGGCAGUGGCCAAGGGGGACUACCGCAGAGCCAGCGGCUGUACCAGAUGAACCUGCAGCAGCACCAGCAGAACCAUCACCAGCUGCAGCACCAGAAGAACCUGCAGCCCCAGAAGAACCAGUGGCUCCAGAAGAACCAGCUGCAGCACCAGAGGAGCCAUCACCAGCUGCAGCACCAGAAGAACCUGCAGCCCCAGAAGAGCUAGUGGCGGCACCGGAAGAACCUGCAGCGUUAGCAGAGGAACCAGCCGCAGCACCAGAAGAGCUUGCAGCUCCAGAAGAGCCAGUGGCAGCACCCGAAGAACCUGCAGCAGCUGAGGAACCAGCAGCAUCACCAGGGGAACCGGUGGCAGCACCAGAUAAACCAGCGGCACCAGAAGAACCAGCGCCACUAGAGGAACCAGUGGCUGUAGCGGUAGAGCCUGCACCAGAAAAGCCUGCAGCAGCACCAAAAGAGCCUGCAGUGGAAAAGCCUGCACCAGAAGAGCCUGCGGCAGCACCAAAAGAGCCUGCACCAGAAGAGCCUUCGGCAGCAUCAAAAGAGCCUGCACCAGAAGAGCCUUCGGCAGCAUCAAAAGAGCCUGCACCAGAAGAGCCUUCGGCAGCAUCAAAAGAGCCUGCACCAGAAGAGCCUGCGGCAGCCUCUGUGGAACUAGCCGCAGCACCAGAAGAGGCUCCUGAGGCUACAGAACAAGCCACAGAGGUGGCAGCAGAGAUUACAGACACUACAGAACCUGAGCCUGCUGCUCCAGAGCCUGAACCAGAGACUGUUACAGGGGAGGCCCCAGAACCUGAGGAUGUGGCCGAGGCACCAGUAGAGGCAGAAGCAGCAUCACCAGCCCCGGAGGAGGAGCCAGCAUCACUUGUAGAAGCCGUGUCAGAGUCAGCAACAGAGGCAACCGCAGAACCAAAAUCCAUCAUAGAACCAGCCACUGAAGAGCUCCCCGCACCUGUAGAAGAAUCUGUAGCAGAGCUUGAACCUGAAGCUGCUGAUGCAGUAACGGAAAAAGCAGAGCCAGAGGCUGCCGACAUCGCAGAACCCAUCCCGGAGAUCGUCAUUUCAGAAUCUGCUGCACCUGCAGCUGCAGAGGAGGCCAGCCCUGAGCCAGAGGAGGCUGUGCUGGACAACAGGGAAGUUGUUUCCGCAGAGGAGGCUGCUGCUGAGCCUUCUGCCCCUGAGGUCAAUGGGGAGUGUCAGGAGCAGGCGGCCGAGCCGGCUGCCGUGUCUGCCCCGGAGCCACAGAAAAAGGAAUGUGUCAAUGGCAUUGACAAGCCAGAGGAUCCCGUUGAGGUGCAAAGUGACUGUGAAUUUAAAAAGGACUUGAACCUGACUGGCGACAUCCAGAUUCCAGAGGCAAUAAGUCAGGCUGUUGACUUGGUCUGA